GUGUGACGCGUUGUCAGGAUCCGAAAAGGUGCGGAUUUCACAUCAUAACCAAACCACAGACGCGUCUGUAAACAUGGCAAACCCCAGAGUUUUCUUUGACAUCACUAUUGAUGGAGCCAACGCUGGCAGGAUUAUAAUGGAGCUCCGGGCUGAUGUGGUCCCAAAGACUGCAGAAAAUUUCCGUGCCUUGUGCACCGGAGAGAAAGGUUUUGGCUACAAGGGCUCCACGUUUCAUCGCGUCAUCCCUAAAUUCAUGUGCCAGGGUGGAGACUUUACCAACCACAAUGGAACUGGAGGGAAAUCCAUCUAUGGAGAGAAGUUUCCUGAUGAGAACUUCCAGUUGAAGCACACCGGCAUGGGGACACUGUCCAUGGCUAACGCUGGGCCCAACACCAACGGGUCCCAGUUCUUCAUCUGCACAGCUUCGACUGACUGGCUGAACGGGAAGCACGUGGUGUUUGGCAGCGUUGUGGAGGGCAGUGAUGUUGUCAAGGCAAUAGAGAAGCAAGGCACAAAGAGCGGCACUCCUAAAGCCAAGGUUGUCAUCGCUGACUGUGGUGAGCUAAAAUAGGGCAACUCAGCUCCUUCACCUCCGCCUGUUCUCCUGUCUCCUGAAUCCUUUAUCAUCCACAUCCCACUUAAUCUUUAAUAUGGUGCAUAUCUGCAGUGUCAGUAGAAAAAAACACUUUCUCUUCUAAAAAUGUUUGUCUACUGUGUUUAAUCAUUGUGUAAUAUUUUGUACCUUCCAGUCUGUCCUGUAAGGACCACAUUUGUUAACAAAAUCUGAAUAAAAUAAUGAUGAUGGUGUAAAUAAAGCAGCUUGUAAGCCUGACUUUGUUUAUAUCCUCA